AUGCCUCCAAAAAAGAAAGGCAAAGGUAAAAAGAAGAAAGGUGAUGAUGAAAGUGAAUUGGAAACAAAAUUUAAACAAACUCAACAUGAAGUUGAUGCACUUAAAGAUCAAAUGGCUUAUAGACGUGAAUUAACACGUCGUUCACUUGCUAUUGUUGAUACAUAUCGUGAACAAAUGCAAGCAGCACAAGUUAAUGUAGAAGAAAUUCAAAGUGAUAUGAAAGCUGUUUCAUCAGGUUUGACACAACAAUAUAAAACAAUGCAAAUGGAAUUAGGUUUUAAAAUAAGUCAACUUGAAAUGGAAUUAACAGCGACAAAAUCACGUUUACAAACAACUGAACAAGAUCUUGCACAACAACGUAUUCAAUAUACUCAUAUGCAACGAGAUAAAGAUGAUCAUAUAAGAAAAUUAGAUGCAAAAAUAUCGAAUUUAGAAACAGCAUUUGAAAAUUUAAUUGAUUUUGGUUUUGAUGAUAUACUCGAUCGAUUGACUAAACAAAAGAAAAAAAUGGAUAAUGAUAUGAAUCAUAUUUUAGAUAAAAAUAAAAAUUUAUUACGAGAUCAAAAUGUAAUGCACCUUGAAAUGUAA